AUGGUAAUGUUCUAUGUUACUUAUACAGAAGCUAAGUGUGUUUGUAUAGAUGAUGGGUGCAGUGGCAAGGGAAAGGAACAAUUGCAAGAUGGUGAUGAUAUUGACUGUUAUGUAGUUGAUGAUGAAGGAGGUGUAGUUGAUGAUAUCCAUGGAAAUGAUGAGGGGUUGGAUGGUCAUCAUGAUGUUGAUGAUGAGGAAUUUGAGGGCUUGUAUGAUGAUGGGUGCAGUGGCAAGGGAAAGGAACAAUUACAAGAUGAUAAUGAUAUUAACUAUUAUGUAGUUGAUGAUAUCCAUGGCCAUGAUGGGGGGUUGGAUGGCCAUCAUGAUGUUGAUGAUGGGGAAUUUAAGGGUUUGUAUGAUGAUAGGUGCAGUGGAAAGGAAAAUGAACAAUUGCAAGAUGAUGAUGAUAUUGAUUGUUAUGGGCUAGAUAGUCAUCAUGAUGUUGAUGAUGGAGAAUUUGAGGCUUUGUAUGAUGAUGGUGAGAAUUAUGAAGAUGGUAAUGGUAAGGAUUAUGAAGAUGAUGAUGGUGAGGAUCAUGAGGGUUUGGAUGAUGAUGUUGGGGAUCAUGAGGGUUCAGAUGAUGAUGGUGGGGAUGGUGGUAAUGAGGGUAUACAUGAUGGUGGUGGUGCUGAUUUGUCUGAAUAUGAUCCUAUAAGUGAGUAUGACAAUCCAAGGGAAAGGGGCAAUACAAGGGAUUUUGACUUUUCCAAACCAAGAUUUCGGGUUGGUAUGGAGUUUGCUACUAUGAAAGAGUUUAGGUAA